AUGGCCUCGUCGGACGGCUCUGCCGGGGCACCGCCCAGCGCUACCGUCGAGGUGCCCGGCACCGCGGCCCCCGUCCUCGUCGUGGGCGCCCCGGGACUCCCCGAGGCGGACUUCAGGAAUGCGGUGGAGUCGUCGCUGUUCAAGCAGUGGCUGCGGAACCUGCAGUCGGAGAAGGGCGUCCUCACCUACGGGAGGCUGAACCUCACGCGGGUCCUCAUCCAGGGGGUUGACAUGUUCGGGAAACGGGUGGGCUUUCUCAAGUUCAAAGCUGACAUCGUGGACGAGGAAACCAAAACCAAGGUUCCAGGAAUUGUCUUUGCAAGAGGGCCCGCGGUUGCUGUGUUGAUUAUUUUGGAGUCUAAGGGGGAAACAUAUGCUGUGCUUACUGAGCAGGUUAGAGUUCCUGUUGGAAAAUUCCUGUUGGAGCUGCCAGCUGGGAUGCUAGAUGAUGAAAAAGGUGAUUUUGUUGGCACUGCAGUCCGUGAGGUGGAAGAAGAGACUGGUAUAAAGCUGAAUAUAGAGGACAUGGUUGAUCUUACGGCACUGCUGGACCCUGCUACCGGAGGUCGAAUGCUGCCAUCACCGGGUGGCUGCGACGAAGAGAUCGGCCUGUUCCUGUACAGAGGCUGCGUCGACGAGGAGACUAUAAGAUCGCUCCAGGGGAAGGAAACCGGGCUGCGUGACCAUGGCGAGCUGAUCAAGCUGCGCGUGGUUCCGUACAACCAUCUCUGGCGGUUGACCGGCGAUGCAAAAGCACUCUCCGCGAUAGCCCUGUACGAAAUGGCCAAGAGGGAAGGCCUGCUGCCACAGCCGAUGGCGCCGCCUUCGGCUAACUUGUAA